CCGUCGGAGCUGCCGGCCGGCGACACGCGGGAGCUGCUGGAGGAGGUGGAGAUGCAGAUCGGCGACGCCGCCUUCUCGCUGGCGAAGAUCCUGGAGGCGACGUCUGCCGUGUCGGCGCAGGUGGAGGAGCUGGCCACCAAGUGCUCGGAGAACGCCCGGUUCCUCAGAACAUGGCGGGACCUGCUGAGGGAGGGGUACGAGUCCCUCAAGCCCAGCGGCUGAGGCGCGAGGCGCCGCCCUGCCCCGCCGAGGGGCUGCCGUCCGGCCGGUUCCGUGGGGUUCUGUUUUAAAACGAUUUUUUAUUUAGGGAGUUCACGUGGAUUUUUUUUUUGUUUGGUUUUUUUGUUUUGUUUUUCCCUGGGCAGCUCCCCGUGAGCCCGAAGCUCUGUCAGAAAGACUCGAUGGCUCGCGUGGAUGUUGUGUGUAAGUCGCUGGGUGAAAUAACUUUGUUCAGGGAAUCGGUUGUGACUUUUAGACUCUUCCGCUGCAGCUCAAGCGAUCUCGUAGGCUAAUUUAUGCUAAUCUGGUGGAUGCAAAGUUAGUGUGUGCGGUACGCCUGGAACUCAUUGCCGGCGGGAAGUGGUGUCCUGCCAGAGGCACUGCCAGCCCUCCUCCCCUCCUUUUCACCAGCUGUCACCAGCAGAAACCCUGCCAACUCCACAAAAACUUGCUGAACUCACUUCAGGUUUUCUCUCUGCACGCUUUUCCUUCCUGCUGAGGAUGGGGUAAUAUACCAAGUUGUGGCUUACUUACGAGCUUUAAAUAAGCCCCAAAUCCCAAACUUUACUGUUUUUAGCAAUAUUGCAAUAUAUUUCUAUAAAGCUGCAGACUUUUCGCAAGUUGUUUGAUUACUGCAAAUGAUUUUACACUAUCUUUUCUUGUAGUAAAGUGCCUUAUCGUAUAUCGUAUAUCUCUGCAUGAUAGAAAUUUAACAGUGCUCUUUACUGAUAGGAUGGAUUACAUUGAACUGUAAGUAAAGGCUUCCAUCAAGUUAGAAGAGAAUCUGUGAAAUGUAUUCUCCCGUCUCUUGGGAGGGAAGUUAGAGCUUUUUCAGUAUUUGGUCCUAUUUUAUAUCUUUGCCUUAAGCAAUUACUAGUUAAUUGGUCUCAAGCUUACUGUUAACAUAACCUUUUGGUCUGAAAGAUAGCUAAUCUGUAAUAAAUAGCUGUACUGAAACUCCUGUGCCUUUACCAGAGCAAUGUGAAAAAAGUAAUGCUGAAAUGCAAUGGGGGGCUGCAGGAGAACAUGGCUGUACCAUGAUUUAUUAGUCAGACUCGUUUUACUGGUGGAAGGACUUUUUUAAAAGACAAACUGUAGUUUUCUUAUCAAAACAAUAAAGAUGUUACAAAAAAAAUCUGG